CUCUCUUCCCGCACUGCUUGGGGAGAGCUGGUGAGCAGGAGUCUGGCCCGAGUUAGCUAGAGCUGUUGCCAUGACAAGCAUUUUCUUAAGAAAGCUCUGCUGUUGAGAUUGUCCAACGCUGGGGGCUGGGAGGGGGGCACGAACUUCCUGGGGAACCAUCCCUCUGAAGAGAGCAAGAUCAGAGACACCCGUCCAGCUCUCCUGCACCCUUUUUCUUUCAGGAACCUGAGAGGUCCUUCCCAUUGGAAGGGCAGGGGGAGGAGACCCAGCCCACUCCCCGGCCCUAGCCGGAAAGGCAAGAGAGCAAAGCCAGCGUCUCCAGCUUGGUUGCCACACUGGGGAGACUGGUGGGUGGUCACCCCACCCUACCCCCAUCCAUGGAAACCCGGAGGGAGAGUCCCACUUGGAGAAACCUGGAUCUUUGCUAGAAAGAGAGAAUAUGGAAAGCCACAGCAGCCCCAAGACAGACAGUCUAUGUAGUCCAAGGGAGUGCAUAUACGAAAUACUUGAAUGCUGCUGCCGGAGGGCUGCAUCCUGUCUGUGGCCUAGAAGCUUCCUGCCGCAGCUCUGAGGAGUGAGAAGCAGUUAUCCUUGCUAACUCUUAUCCUGAGUGAACGGGGUCAGGAGAGGCUGCCAGUACCCCUUUUGUUAAACAACAGACCUUCCAGAUGGCGUUGUCACUUCCACCUGAAGGUGGCUCUUGUCCUCCUUAAACAACUGAAGGAAAUGAGAUCCAGUUGUCAUCAGUAUCCAGGAAGCUCUCCUCUUCCUCCUCCUGAUGCCUCUCUACCACUACAGUUGCUGGUUGUUGCUAAGGUUGCUGCCAUGGUAACAUGCACAUCCUGUUUACACUUUCAUCUGGGCAAGUUGGUCUAAGCUAGGAACCUACCUAUCCUGGACAACCACUAUCAUCACCACCUGGGGACACCAAUCAACGUGACACGGAGUCCACCUUCCACUCAGUUCCCCCAUCCUCUUCCUCCUCUCGCUGCCAGAUUUCAUACAGAAGAAAGGAUCUAGACUUCGGACAGCUACUCGGGAGCUUAUUGCACAAGAUACAUUCGAUCUGUUCCCUCACUGGGCCACCAGAGAAGCAAGAAGUAGGAAGAAGUUGAGACAGGAAGGCAGGAGACACUGGUCAGUUGAAGGGAAACACUACAUCUUCUCUGGUUGAGGGGCUUGGUAACAACAGGCAAAAUGACGAACCCAUCAGACCGUGUCUUGCCUGCCAACUCAAUGGCCGAGAGCCGUGAAGGGGACUUUGGCUGCACAGUAAUGGAACUGAGGAAGCUCAUGGAGCUGCGUUCGAGGGAUGCUCUGACCCAGAUUAACGUCCACUAUGGAGGUGUACAGAAUCUCUGCAGUAGACUGAAAACCUCCCCUGUGGAAGGUCUAUCUGGGAACCCUGCAGAUCUGGAGAAACGUAGGCAGGUGUUCGGACACAACGUGAUCCCCCCCAAAAAGCCCAAAACCUUCUUAGAAUUAGUGUGGGAAGCCCUUCAAGAUGUCACACUCAUCAUCCUGGAGAUUGCAGCCAUCAUCUCCCUGGUCCUGUCCUUUUAUCGCCCUGCUGGUGAAGAAAAUGAACUGUGUGGUCAAGUUGCAAGUACCCCAGAAGAUGAAAGUGAGGCACAAGCUGGCUGGAUUGAGGGGGCAGCCAUCCUUUUCUCAGUGAUCAUCGUGGUGUUAGUGACUGCCUUUAAUGAUUGGAGCAAAGAGAAGCAAUUCCGGGGGCUGCAGAACCGCAUUGAACAGGAGCAAAAGUUCUCCAUCAUCCGAAAUGGUCAACUCAUCCAGCUCCCUGUGGCUGAGAUUGUGGUCGGUGAUAUUGCCCAAGUCAAAUACGGUGAUCUGCUGCCUGCAGAUGGGAUCCUGAUCCAAGGGAAUGAUCUGAAGAUUGAUGAGAGCUCUCUGACAGGGGAAUCCGAUCAUGUCAAGAAGUCCCUGGACAAAGACCCCAUGUUACUCUCAGGGACCCAUGUCAUGGAAGGUUCUGGCCGGAUGGUGGUGACGGCUGUUGGUGUCAACUCUCAGACUGGAAUCAUCCUUACUCUCUUGGGGGUCAAUGAGGAUGACGAAGGGGAGAAGAAGAAGAAAGGUAAAAAGCAAGGAGUCCCUGAAAAUCGCAACAAAGCAAAGACCCAAGACGGAGUGGCCCUGGAAAUCCAGCCACUCAAUAGCCAGGAGGGAAUCGACAAUGAGGAAAAAGACAAGAAGGCAGUCAAGGUGCCUAAAAAGGAGAAGUCAGUGCUGCAGGGCAAGCUGACUCGCCUGGCUGUUCAGAUUGGGAAAGCUGGUCUGCUCAUGUCUGCUCUCACAGUUUUCAUCCUGAUUCUAUACUUCGUGAUUGACAACUUUGUGAUAAAUCGCAGACCAUGGCUCCCUGAGUGUACUCCCAUCUACAUCCAGUACUUUGUCAAGUUCUUCAUCAUCGGCGUCACUGUACUGGUGGUGGCUGUGCCAGAGGGGCUGCCUCUGGCUGUCACCAUCUCACUGGCCUACUCUGUGAAGAAAAUGAUGAAAGACAAUAACCUGGUGCGGCACUUGGAUGCUUGUGAGACCAUGGGCAAUGCCACCGCCAUCUGCUCUGAUAAGACGGGCACGUUGACCAUGAACCGAAUGACUGUGGUACAAGCUUAUGUUGGGGGCAUCCAUUACCGUCAAAUCCCAAGCCCUGAUGUCUUCCUGCCCAAAGUCCUGGACCUCAUUGUCAAUGGCAUUUCUAUCAACAGUGCUUAUACCUCCAAGAUUCUGCCUCCAGAGAAGGAGGGAGGCCUGCCUCGGCAGGUGGGAAACAAGACCGAGUGUGCCCUGCUAGGCUUUGUCACAGAUCUGAAGCAGGAUUACCAGGCUGUGCGUAAUGAAGUGCCCGAGGAGAAGCUCUACAAGGUGUACACCUUCAACUCAGUGCGCAAGUCAAUGAGCACCGUCAUCAGAAAUCCCAGCGGUGGCUUCCGUAUGUACAGCAAGGGCGCCUCUGAGAUCAUCUUGCGCAAGUGUAAUCGAAUCCUGGACCGGAAAGGGGAAGCAGUGCCAUUCAGGAAUAAAGACAGAGAUGAUAUGAUACGCACUGUCAUCGAGCCCAUGGCCUGUGAUGGACUCCGGACUAUCUGCAUAGCUUACCGGGAUUUCAAUGACGCAGAGCCCUCUUGGGACAAUGAGAAUGAGAUCCUCACUGAACUGACCUGUAUCGCAGUGGUGGGCAUUGAGGACCCUGUGCGCCCAGAGGUGCCAGAUGCUAUUGCCAAAUGCAAACAAGCUGGCAUUACUGUCAGAAUGGUGACAGGUGACAACAUCAACACAGCCCGGGCCAUUGCCACCAAAUGUGGCAUUCUGACACCUGGGGAUGACUUCCUGUGCUUAGAAGGCAAAGAAUUCAACCGGCUCAUCCGCAACGAGAAAGGCGAGGUAGAGCAAGAAAAGCUGGACAAGAUCUGGCCUAAGCUUCGGGUCCUGGCGCGAUCUUCUCCCACUGACAAGCACACCCUGGUGAAAGGCAUCAUUGACAGCACUGUUGGGGAACAGCGGCAGGUUGUGGCUGUCACUGGUGAUGGCACAAAUGACGGACCUGCUCUGAAGAAAGCGGAUGUUGGUUUUGCCAUGGGCAUCGCAGGCACAGAUGUAGCAAAGGAGGCUUCAGACAUCAUCCUAACAGAUGACAACUUCACCAGCAUUGUGAAGGCAGUGAUGUGGGGACGAAACGUCUAUGACAGCAUCUCCAAGUUCCUGCAGUUCCAACUCACUGUCAACGUGGUGGCCGUGAUUGUAGCCUUUACUGGAGCCUGUAUCACUCAGGAUUCCCCACUGAAAGCUGUGCAGAUGUUAUGGGUUAAUCUAAUCAUGGACACUUUUGCUUCAUUGGCCCUGGCCACAGAGCCCCCUACGGAAUCUCUGUUGAAGCGGCGCCCCUAUGGCCGAAAUAAGCCUCUGAUCUCACGCACUAUGAUGAAGAACAUCUUGGGCCAUGCGUUCUAUCAGCUCCUUGUCAUCUUUAUCCUUGUCUUUGCGGGUGAGAAAUUCUUUGAUAUUGAUAGUGGGAGGAAGGCACCUCUACAUUCACCACCCACCCAGCACUAUACCAUUGUUUUUAACACCUUCGUGCUGAUGCAGCUCUUCAAUGAAAUCAAUUCCCGAAAGAUCCAUGGAGAGAAGAACGUCUUUUCAGGCAUCUACCGCAACAUCAUCUUCUGCUCUGUAGUCUUGGGCACAUUCAUCUGCCAGAUUUUCAUCGUGGAAUUUGGGGGUAAACCCUUCAGUUGUACAAGCCUCAGCCUGUCCCAGUGGUUGUGGUGUCUCUUCAUUGGGAUUGGAGAACUUCUGUGGGGCCAGUUCAUCUCCGCAAUACCUACCCGAUCCCUGAAGUUCCUGAAGGAGGCUGGGCAUGGCACCACCAAAGAGGAGAUCACCAAGGAUGCUGAGGGGCUGGAUGAGAUUGACCAUGCUGAGAUGGAGCUGCGCCGAGGCCAGAUCCUCUGGUUCCGGGGCCUGAACCGUAUCCAGACUCAGAUCAAAGUGGUCAAAGCGUUCCAUAGUUCCCUCCACGAAACCAUUCAGAAACCCUACAGCCAACACUCCAUCCACAACUUCAUGACCCACCCUGAAUUCGCCAUAGAUGAGGAGUUGCCGCGAACACCACUCCUGGAUGAGGAAGAGGAGGAAAAUCCUGACAAGGCUUCUAAGUUUGGGACUGGGGUGCUCCUGUUGGAUGGUGAGGUCACUCCAUACGCCAAUACAAACAACAAUGCGGUGGACUGCAACCAAGCGCAGCUCCCACAGUCGGACAGCUCUCUACAGAGCCUAGAGACAUCGGUUUGAAUUUUCUUUCUCUGACUCUCAUCCCUAUUUUCCCUAUUUCCAUUUUCGCCUGUCGCAUCUAUGAGGUGAUGAUGGGACUUUUCAUCGUCAUGUCAACUGCUGUGUAAACAGCAGUGUGUGUGAACCCCCACCUGACCACGAAGAGGCAAGAGCACAGACUUACAAGGAUUUCAACUUAAGUUUGACUUGGGGUUUGCAGCGGGGCCCAGUCAAACCCCAGGCAGGUCAUGGUAGAAUUUACUCCUUGAUAGUCACUUGUCAUUUUUAAAGAAAUGAUGACAAUCCUCUUGGCAUCACCCCACCCCACAUUCUCCCCUGAUGUUCAUCUCCUGAAUUCUGGAUUUUGUCCUAUAAGUCUGUGCCAUUUAUAAGCUAAGUUGAGGGUUCAGAGGGAGACAAAUAUCCCCAAGUGAAAUAUGUUGAGGUAGAGAUGGAAUGUCUAAAAUCCGCCAGUAGUAUGAUUGUUUUUCAAUUCUCCCACUUUGAAAACUUACACCUAAAGGCCUGUAGGCCUCUAACUCUUUCUGCCCUUCCAGUCAAACCUCUCCAAGGUUCUUUUUUGUCUUUGUCUUCCCUUCCUUUCCUUUUUUUUUUUUUUUUUUAAUGAUGAUUAAGAAAAUGGAAAGGAUAUGGGUGAAUUGCAUAAACUUUGAUCCUUCUCCCUUUUGGCCCAAAAGAACCCUUGAUUUAGUUCUAGAAUCCAACCAGUUUCUUUGUUAAAAGGGUCCCUUUGAAGCAAUUAAGUGCUGGUAAGAAUAUUUCUCAGUUGUUGCCAGGUUACCUUCUGCUUUUAAACUGCCAUCUUGUCAGGUAUAUGUGGUUCUUAAGUGCCAGGGAGAUCAGCCUUGCCCAUGGAGGUUGCAUAUGUGUGGUAUAUAUUCAACCCCGCCUCCCUACUGGGCUUGAAUAUUGAGGACCGGCCACUGCCAAAUCGAGGACAAGACAGACCAUCAAAGCAGACUUUUGUGGGCUCCUCUUUGGGGUGACCACUGCUUUCAAAGCCAUCUGCCAAGGCUCUCCAGGGCAGGACCUGACAGGUGGGGAAUGAGUGUUCAGAAGCUUUGGGAGAGGCCAAAGAGCCAUUCUAGUAUGAUCUGAGAAAACCUUCCUGCAGGGGCCGGAAACCCUGAGCUGUGGUGCCUGGGGACCAGCUUCGACAUUCUCUCCAGUUUCUAAUUCUAGUUUUUGCACGUGUCACAACUUUCCCAGUAUCUGAGAAGGUCCCAGCCUUUCUCAAAUAUUCUGAUUUUGAAAAUAUAUAUCCAAAGUGGGAGGCCCCUGUGACAUUUUGCUGACGUAAAGGAGCAAAAGACCCCCCCAGCACACUGCCCCUUCCUCCAGCCCCUCUUCAGCCACAUGCUGCAGCUGCUGCCCAGUAAAGCCCUGUGCCUUUUUUUCCCUGAAUACUGCCCAAAGCAUCCCCUUCCCCUCUGCCUCUCAGGAGUUGGGGACUUUGCUAGGAGAUUUUUUAAGUGUUCCUUACUGGGACAAGGUGGAGCCACAUUUGCAGGAGCUCCAUUUGUAUCCCUGCUGGUGUUGACUUCUGUGCAGGGGCCAGUUCAUGUUCCUGACUCUCACCUCUCGUUAGAUAAAUUAAGCCCACCCGCCUCUUUCUAGAGUGAUGAGAGUCAAGAAGAGGGGACAUAUGAACAGCCAAAUUCCCAUGCGAGAGGAAGAUGACCUGAUCCACCUAGCCUUUUCUUCCGGAUCUAUCCUCCCUCACCCCUUUCACCUGAGCUGUCCACAGUCGGAAACAUAGAGAAACAAUACCCCCUGCAUAUCCCCAUGACUACAUAAUCCAUCAUCGUAGGAAAUAGGAAAACAAAUUUGAUUCUGGUUUUGUAAAACGUACAUGCUUCAAUAAUUCUUCUUUGUGUCUUAAAUACUCAUAGGGAAAAAAACAGCUCACCCAAGGUGUUAGGUGUUCACAUAUAUAUUCAUCAACUACUUUAGAAGAUUUAAUUCUAUCAAGUCUUGUAUUACCUCAGAUCAUUUUAAAUAGCAAGCCAAUAACGAGGUUUGAAGGCUAUUUUACCAUUCCUGUUUGCAAAAGACUCUCAUGGUGCCUGACAGGUUACUCUUGAGGGCUUGUGUCUACUUUUUAAAAGUCAAUGGUUUUUUUCUUGUGUUCUAGUUUCCAUAAUAGGAGAGAAAAUAUAGAAAUAUAUGCAAAAAUAUAUAGUUUUCUUUAGAUCAGAAACUGAUAUUUUUGAGUCAGCCAUAUGUAUUUUGUUUAAAGGAUUUAAAAUAAAGUGCCGUCAUGUAGCUCUGUGGAAGGGAGCACAUAACCAGCUGUUUGGCAUGACAGGUGACUUAGUAUAUUUGUAAUUGGUUUUAAAACCAAUACACCGUACUUUCUUUCUGCAAACAGCCAUCUUUAUACUUAGGGAAAAAAAUUGUUGGGUUCUAGACUUUUUUAAUAUAAAUUUUGUUGAUAAUGGAAUUAAGUAAGUUUAAGUGUCUAUGUGCAUAUGUUUUUUAUAUAAGUUUUUUCUAUUCAGUUUCACUGAUCCAACUGGCAGUGGGUAAAUACGGCAUAAGUUAAUAACCCUUUUCCCCAAAAUGGUGCUUCGGAUUUGAAAAGGGUCUGAUGGGGAGAAGGAGAACGUAUCAUCCUAGCUUCCUCUCUUAAUAAACCUAGAAAAACGGGUAGUAAACCGUGGAUAGUCAGGAAAACACCCAGCAAGGGACACAGCUGUUAGGAAAGGAAUCCUCCCCACUGCGCCCCCCUCCCCACGCAGACGGAUAGACAGACUCUUUCCUGACUUGUCAUGAGGAUUAGGGGCCUCCGUUGGAUUUGUGUUUCUUGAAGAAUAGCUGUCAGAGUGGUACCAAAGACACGAAUCUCUCCUGGUCUGUAAGGAUACUCUGAUUUGGGGUUUGCAUUUUUCAUAGUUUUCAUUUCCGGUUCCCCCUGGGGUUUUCCAUUAGUGAGUUUUUGUGCAAGUAUCUUAUUUAUGAUGGCUUUUCUCCCCUAGAAAGAUUUUGUGCAAUAUAUUAAAUGGGGACAGAAUUCUAAAUGAUAAAACAAUGGCUGGUUCUAGCUCUGAGUGACAGUCUUAAAGCUAGGUCCCUCCCAUAGUAUCAUCUGUCCUCUGGAAUGACUCUCCUAUCCCUAAAGGGGUUAAGAGAGAGAUCACCUAGAAAUCCCACUGGACACUUGUGGGUUCUUCAGGGUUUGAGUUUCUUUUUCCCCUUGAGCUUCAGAGAGGAGAAUUAGCACGGUUAAAUCUGAAUGGGUUACCUCACUGCUGAAAACCCAGAGGGACAUGGCACACUCGCUUGUGCGGAAAAGCCUCUAAAUGCAUCCCUUCCUUUCUUUCCUGCUUCAUUGCCUUACAAUUGAAGCAGCCUGUGGUACCAUCACAAUAUGCAGAGACUUCCUCACCUUUCUUAUCUAGGGACCACCCCCACUGCAUUGGUGAGGGUGGGCACUUAUAAAUGCCUGCUAUUGUUAAGCCAUUCCAACCUCUUCCUCUGAAUAGACCAGAUGCCCUUUCACUUAGUUCAGUGCCAGUCCUUUUGCCUUCCCAACCCUGCUGUUAGGCCUGCUGUUCCCUUUGCUCUUGAUUAGGAGAGAUGGAAGGAGAUGAGCUCCCAUAACUGAAUUGGCCUUUGGUUCAUGUUUUCUCCCCAUAUGUAUAUAUGCCAUAUGUGAGUAUGCCAUAUAUAUGUGCCAACAAAUCUAUCUAUGUUGUUCUUUUCAAAUUAGCACGCAGAUAGGAAUUUUGAGUUUCUUCUUCUUUUAGUAACUAGUAUAACAAGCACUGGUAUUUUUGUACAAAAAAGAAAAACAAAACAAGAUUGACUAUUGUGGUCUGCAUGACAUAAACAAACAAAUGGUGAUAUCAAAGCAAUGUAUACCCCAGUGUGUGUUGCCAUAAUUUGCAAUUCAGCUUAACAGCGCACCCAAUCUAUAUUUGCAUUUUGAUAUGAUUUAAGCUCUAUGUACAAAGUUUUGCAUGUAUUUAUGGAAAAAAAAAUGCUAUAAACUGUCAAAUCUAAAAUUCAAAUGUGUUGUUCCACUGAGACCAGAAGAAGAAGGGGAGUUUUAAAAGGGAUAAUUUUUUGGAACCAAUAAAGCUUUUUGCUGAUGAACAGAAACCAAUACUGCUGUGCACUGAGAAUAAAAACUCAUGCCCACUUGUAA